UAGGAUUUGGGGAUAAAGGUGAGGUUUGGUUGUAUCACUUGCAUCUCUAGUUAUGAACAGCAAGUAAGAGGCGGGGCUCGUGUGUAAUGCAGCAUGGGGGGAGGAACUGCUUAUGUAACUGGGACAGCAGAUUUAGUGAAAGGAGAAAGAGGCAGAGGCUGGGAAUGGGAACAGUGAACUGUCGGCAGGGGCAACAUGCCCAGGAGGCUCUUCCUAAUAAGCAGGGUAGCAACAUCCAGGGCCCCUGGGUCCGAGGCUGGAAGAGCCUCUGGUCAGGUGUGGGGACCACCAGGUCAGGCCUGGAAGAACUGUGGGGACUACGGGGGCAUCAGUGCCAGCAUCAGGAGCCAGCUUCACUGCUAGUAGAGAAGCCUCUGUCUGAGUGGCCAGUGCCUCAGUUCAUCAACCUCUUUCUGCCGGAGUUUCCCAUUAGGCCCCUUAGGGGGCAUCAGCAGCUGAAGGUUUUAGGCCUUGUGGCUAAAGGCUCUUUUGGAACCAUCUUCAAAGUGCUAGACUGUGGCCAGAAAGCAGUAUUUGCAGUGAAGGUGGUACCCAAGGUCAAGGUCCUCCAAAAGGACAUCCUGAGGCAGUGCAAAGAGGAGGUUAGCAUCCAGCGACAGAUCAACCAUCCCUUUGUACAUGGUUUGGGAGACAGCUGGCAGGGAAAACGGCACCUCUUCAUUAUGUGCAGCUACUGUAGCACAGAUCUGUACUCCCUGUGGUCCACUGUUGGCUGCUUUGCUGAGGCUUCCAUCCGCCUCUUUGCUGCUGAACUGGUCCUGGUGCUGUGCUAUCUCCAUGACUUGGGCAUCAUCCAUCGGGAUGUGAAGAUGGAGAAUAUCCUUCUGGAUAAACGAGGUCAUCUGAAACUGACAGACUUUGGUCUGUCCCGCCACCUGCCCCAGGGAGCUCGAGCCUAUACUAUUUGUGGCACUCUUCAAUACAUGGCCCCAGAGGUCCUGAGAGGAGGACCUUACAACCAUGCUGCUGAUUGGUGGUCCCUGGGUGUUUUGCUUUUCUCUCUGGCAACUGGAGAGUUCCCAGUGGCUGCAGAGAGAGAUCAUGUGGCCAUGCUGGCAAGUGUGACCCACUAUGACUCUGAGAUCCCAGCUUCUCUUAACCAGGGGCUUUCACUUCUGCUCCACGAGCUCUUAUGCCAGAAUCCCCUCCAGCGUCUACAUCAUUUGCAUCGCUUCCAGGUCCACCCUUUCUUUCGGGGUGUGGCCUUUGACCCAGAGCUCCUACAGAAACAGCCAGUGAACUUUGUCAUGGAGACUCAAGCUACCCAGCCUAGUCCAUCAGAGUCCAUGCUGUUCAAGGACUUUGACUGUAACCUGGAGUCCUAUCUGGUCUACCCUGGACUUGCUUGA